AUGCCUGUCAGAUUAGCAUUACGAACUGCUUAUCCUCGAGCUCAUUCAAUAUCAUUAAAAAAAAAAUUCCUUGCACAAACUUCGACACCACGACGUUUGCAGAGCUGGGGUCCACAGAAUGCAAUAGGAUCACAACAACAA